GCACAGGGUCUUGGUGCUGAGCUGUGGGGUGAGGAGUGCUGCUCAAAGAGGAAAAGGGGGCCUCGCUCCCUCCAGCCACGCCUUCCGGACUUGGUUCUCCUCUCUAGUCCCGCCCCUGGGCCUCGCCCACCCACGCCUUCCGGGCUUGGUUCUCGUCUCAAACCCAGCUUCCAUCCUUCCACCACCCCAGCCAUGCCUUCCAAACUUGGUCCUAGUCUCUAGCUCCGCCCCCAAGCUUUGCCUCACUCCAGGCCCGCCUUCCAGAUUUGGUCUUAGUUCCCAAUCCAGGCCAAAUCACGCCUCGGCCACGUCCCCCAGGCCUCUCACUGCCUCAGCCACGCUUUCCAGGCCGGGUUCUGGUCCCCAUUCGCAGCUGGAACCGGUCCGCAUUCGCGGAUGCGGCUGGUCCUGCCCUAGGACCCAAACACUUCCCAACGAGAGGAAAGUCAAAUUUCUCAGAGGGUUACGGGGAGGUUGCGGCCGCCGCCUUGUCAACCCCACCUCGGCGGCCCCAGGAGGACCCCUCGGGGGUCUCCCUAACCGGAAGCGGAAGUGCGCGUUGGCGGGAUCAUGGCGACUUUGGUCGAACUGCCGGACUCGGUCCUACUCGAAAUCUUCUCUUACCUCCCGGGUCUGUCACCGCUGGAAGAGGCUGGUGGACGACCGGUGGCUGUGGCGACAUGUCGACUUGACGCUCUACACGAUGCGACCUAAAGUCAUGUGGCACCUCCUUCGAAGGUACAUGGGAUCCCGACUCCAUUCCCUGCGAAUGGGUGGUUACCUGUUCUCCGGCUCCCAGGCCCCCCAGUUGUCCCCUGCCCUGUUGAGAGCCCUGGGCCAGAAGUGCCCCAACCUGCAGCGGCUCUGCCUGCACGUGGCCGACCUGAGCAUGGUGCCCAUCACCAGCCUGCCUAGCACCCUGAGGACCCUGGAGCUGCACAGCUGUGAGAUCUCCAUGGCCUGGCUCCUCAAGCAGCAGGACCCCACUGUGCUGCCCCUGCUCGAAUGCAUCGUGCUGGACCGUGUCCCUGCCUUCCGUGACGAGCACCUGCAGGGCCUGACGCGCUUCCGGGCCUUGCGUUCACUGGUGCUGGGUGGUACCUACCGUGUAACCGAGACAGGGCUGGAUGCCAGCCUGCAGGAGCUCAGCUACCUGCAGAGGCUCGAGGUGGUGGGCUGCACCCUGUCUGCUGACAGCACCCUACUGGCCAUCAGCCGCCACCUCCGAGAUGUGCGGAAGAUCCGGCUGACCGUGAGGGGCCUCUCUGCCCCUGGUCUGGCUGUCUUGGAGGGGAUGCCAGCCCUGGAGAGUCUGUGCCUGCAGGGUCCUCUUGUCACCCCAGAAAUGCCAACCCCCACUGAAAUCCUCUCCUCCUGCCUCACCAUGCCCAAGCUCAGAGUGCUUGAGCUGCAGGGGCUGGGGUGGGAGGGUCAGGAGGCUGAGAAGAUCCUGUGUAAGGGGCUGCCCCACUGUAUGGUCAUCGUCAGGGCUUGCCCCAAAGAGUCCAUGGACUGGUGGAUGUAACUGCUCCACCGUCUCUAGGACCCAUCCCAGCUUUCAUUGUUGAGCCCCAGCCCCUCUGAGCAGCACUUUGAAGAGGGCAGAUAAUCAGACUUGAGGAAACUGAAAGCCCCAGAUUUAGAGGACAGAGGCCCAGGGACUUCCAGACCAUUGGAAUCACUGUUUGCCAGCCGUAUGGCCUUGGUCAUCUCAUCAGCCUCUCAGAAGCCUACACAUCCUGAAAUAAGGACAAUCACAGCUACCUCAUUACGUUGUAAAGCCUUACUCUAAAAGCUCUCAGCCUCCAGAGGCUCUCGAUGAAGAGUCACCUUCAGGGUCGUCCUCAGGAACAGGAUGGAUGAGGAAGGGGUGAGGUUAAGAUUUACGGGCACCCAAUGGGCCCCCUUAAGAGGUCCCAAGAAGUACUGUCUAUGUAUGCAUACCCACAUGCCUAUAUACCAUUUAUAUACCUACACGCACGCAAGAGAUGCUGAGAGACGGCAAUGGAGAAUCACGAUUUGAUUAUUGAAAUGCUUAUAAAAGUUCUCAAUUCUAUUUUCUGUAUUUUGUAUGCUGUAUUUUCCAAGACAUAUAUUAUUUUGCUAUUAAAUAAAAUUUUUUUUUUUUUCCC